AUGGAUUUCAAUGAUAAAAUUGUAUUGGUCACCGGUGGUGCAUCCGGAAUCGGAAAAUCGAUCGCGGAAGAAUUUUUAAAACACGGGUCCAAAUUGGCUAUUUGCGACAUUAACGAAAAAGAUGGCGAACUUUUAUGCAAACACCUGACUGGAAAAUACGGUAGAGACAAAGUUAUAUUUUGCGAAUGUGACGUCACGGAUUAUACGCAAUUCGAAGAAGCUUUCAACACUAUAAUGGAAACUUUUGGCGGACUCGAUAUCGUAAUAAACAACGCCGGCGUUUUAAACGAUCGAUUGUGGGAAUUGGAAGUUGACGUUAACUUGAAUGGCGUCAUUCGUGGCACAUUAUUGGCAAUGCAAUUCAUGAGUCGGAAAAAAGGUGGACGGGGCGGAAUCCUCGUUAAUAUCGGUUCGAAUUGUAGUUUAAAACCGUAUAGCAGUGCUCCCAUUUAUUCUGCUACGAAACACGCAAUCAUCGGUUUGACAAGAGCUUUUGGAGAUGCGUAUCACUUAAAUACGACAGGAAUAAAAAUUUUAGCUUUGUGUCCAUCGGCGACAGAAUCAAAAUUAAUCGGCGGCGACAUUAGAAAACAGUUACUGUGGGAAGAUUAUGAAAAAAUAUGGAAACAAGAUACGGUCAACGUCAUACCACAAAAGAGUGAAUACGUUGCAAGAUGUCUGUUACAAAUUCUUCCGAUUGCUCCUUCCGGUUCCGUUUGGUUAGUUGAAAAUUCACUACCGCCACGACAAAUUGACUACAAUAGCAAAACUUAA